UUGCAAAGGAAAAGUAAUAUACUAAAACAUGCACUGCAACCACGACCAAAUAGCAAAACUGCUCUGUUCUAUUCAUAUCUUGUCGUUGCGUCCAGACGAGUCACUAAAAUUCGGAGUCUGUUUCUCAUCCUCUUGUUCGGUCUGAGUGGAGAUAAAAGCGUAGUAGUCUCCCAUAAUAAAGAGUACGACUAGGUACCUAAAGAAUAGAGUCACUCUCCCUGCAGUUUUUACCCCUUCAAAUACAGAUUCUUUUCGCAAUGGCCAAUGUACUAUCCUGAACAUUACAACCUACUGGAAUACAACUCUUUGGCUCCGUCGUGCCUCUGGUUUCAUCAUGCUGUUGAUAAUUCUAGAUUUUGAGUUUCCUUGUUCUUCUUUGACAGUAUCGCUUUCGCAUGAUCGCGUUCUCUUUUGUGUCCAGAGUUAUUUGUGACCACCACAGUUCAUGUCUAUCUGAGGCUCCCCUCCAUCUUCAUCCUCCAUGUUGUAACUCUGUAGUUGUACAACUAGAAGUCUAAGUAAAAAGUAGUGUGUGAUAUUAACCUUUGUCAUUCUCCUUCUAUCCUCCUCCCCGUUGACCAUGGCACUACAAGGCGACAACAACGAAGAUGCUCCUGCACAGGUGGCAGGAAGCCCACUGGCUCGCAAGUCCUUGCGACAAGGGGGCAUCGGCUUGAAAUGCGAGAACCUGUGUGUAAAUGUGGCCGUCGUGCCCACGACAUCCGCCACAACGACGAAGGCCAAGCUAGCCGAACCAACACCUUAUGAUGUUUGUAUUAGGGCUAUUUAUUCUUACUGGAAGCGAGACUAUCAUAGCUAGUAGGAGGCACAGGCACUCGCACUAGCAAGGUCAAGUCCAGGGCUAUAGUGAAAGUACCACCCUCUAUUUGCUCUAACCUCUCCCAGCCACAAAACCUCUGUUGAAAAACGUCAGCGUAGAAAUCGCAGCAGGCGACUUCAUUGCCGUCAUGGGUGCUAGUGGUGCAGGCAAGACCACUUUUUUGAACACGCUGAUGGGUCGUCCUGGUGCUGGCGCUACCUGGACUGGCGACCUAAUCUUCGACGGCAAUGUGAAUAUGGGUAAGUCUUCGUCUCUCGCGGAACGAGAUAAAUUGCGGCAGAGGAUGGUUAAGGCGAGAGGCUUUAUUUAAUCGUCCGAUAACCAAGACCAAGUAGAUGAACUCUUCGAACUCAUUCGUGUCGACUUCAGAAGUAUCUUUAAUAGGUUCUGAGAGCUAUCAAUCCUCAUAUGACCAACAUUAUAGCUUUUCAAAUCCAAAAUCUAAACACCGCUACGUAACGCAGGACGACGUGAUAUUGUACCGACUCACGCCUCGAGAGCAAAUUCAAUUCCGACUUGAGCUAGUGCGAGCACGUCAAAGAGCCACACUACUUGCACCUUCUUCUGGUACAUCUGCAUCUCCUCCGCAAGCAGAAGCACAAACUUCUUCUACAUCAGGGACGAGCACGAACAAAGCCACGACAAUUCUUGAUGAGCCUCUAGACACGCAAGUGGAUCGCAUGUUAGCCCAAUUGGGUCUUCGAGGAGCAGCUGAUACUAUUGUGGGAGAGCCAGGGACUGAACACACGGGGAUAUCUGGUGGCGAGCGAAAGAGAACGAACGUGGCAUUGUCACUGUGUGGAGAUCCCGAUUUUUUGCUGCUGGACGAGCCAACAAGUGGAUUGGAUAGCAGGUAGUAGUUCUUCUCAUUUGAGUCUAGAACUCGUCGUUUCAAUGUGCAUGACGCAUCAAGUAAAUCAGUUGUGAAAAAUCGCCACAAGUAGAAGACUAAUGUGUAUGGUUCUGGUAUUUGGUAACCUGAACUUGAUCACAAGGGUUCUCUUCUUGUUUUCCCUUAAAUGAUCCAAUUCAGGUUACCAAAUAUUACCGACACCAUUCAUAAUGCACAAGUAGAAAACUAAAAAUGCUAUGAUCUUCCUACCACCACAGAAAAGCCCGCAAUCUAGUCCAAGAUCUCAAGGAUUUGACGCUACCUCAGAAGGAUGGCCCUUCUGGCAUGACGAUUGUGUCGACGAUCCAUCAACCAUCUGAAGAAACCUUCGAACUCUUCAAAAAAGUGCUUCUUUUUCAUGCGGGUGAGGUGGCUUUCUUUGGGAGUAUUGUUAUGGUUUCUUUUGCUUGUCUUUCAUCGUCCACAUGUAGAAGUGGAACAACAAGAGCAAUUAUUAUAAGAGAUGAAGAUACCAACUACGACCUCUAGCUGGCCUGCCUGCUUAAUAUCAUCUACGAGGUCUUCUAGAAGAUUCGAUAACUUUGACCUUCUAGAGGAUUCGAUAACUUUGACCUUCUAGAUGAUUUGUCAAUGACCUUUUCUUCAGUUGACCUCUACUCUCUUUGAAUCUAAACCUCACGAGCUCCGUGCCCUCUUGAAGGAGAUUGGGUGUCCAGUUCCGCCAGGAACAAAUCUCGCCGAACACAUAAUGGAUGUGCUCGAAGAUUUAUCCGAGAAAGUUGAGUUGAUGAAAAGACGAUACAACUCUAUGCCAUCUUCGAUUACUAGUGCUGAAGAUAAGAACGAAGGCUUGAAGCAAAUCAAGAUUGUGGAAGAUGCUGGGUCAGCAAGUUCGACAGCAGCUAAAGCGAACGCACAGUUAUGUAAAACUUGUUUUUUACAUACUACUUAGAAUCAAUUAAAUAAUAAUUUUUUCUAUGAAAAUCUAUCAAUCAAUCAUCUGAAAAUAAUAUCGAUGGUGCUCUCCUCGUGCUCAACGCACUCCCCUAACCAUCUUCUCCACUCCUACCGCAGGUGGCAGCUAUUCUCAAGUCUUCAGCAUUCUACUACGUCGCAACGCGAGGUGUAUGCGUAGAGAGCCUUGGAUGACCAAGAUCCGUCUGGCGCAGAGUCUCAUUGUAGGAGGUUUCGUAGGAGCUCUUUUCUUCCAGAUCGAAAGAAAUCUUGUAGGAGUUCGCAACAGAGCUGCCAUCGGGUUCUUGCUGUGCUUGACGCAGGUACUCAUCUCGAAAAUGGAGCAUCGCUUUGUGAACUUUACAUAUUGUACUUGUAGGACAAAGUGUUUUUAUGAUUCAGGACGACUACAGUCGUGUGGUCACUACAGCACGGCAAAUAGACCAAGACUCAUCUUCAGAUGAUCUUAUGUCUUUCUCAAUCCCACUACUAGUACGAGAUAUUUGUUACAAGUGAAAUAUAAAUUACGAUUACCCCUCUACCUCCAGCUCCUCUUCGCUUCUUUCGGCAUGGUAAAUGUGUUUCUUGGCGAACGGCCGGUCUUUCUACGCGAAUCCCUAGACCGACUCUACACCCCUUGGCAGUACUAUAUUGCCAAAAUUCUUUUGGAUAUCCCUCUCCAGACCUUCUAUGCCUGUCUCACUGGCACAGUCGCCUACUUCCUAGUAGGUCUCAACGUCGACCAGCCUCACAACUACUUCUACGCGAUGCUAAUUAUGUCCCUGAUGGCGAACUGCGGAGGCGCCAUAGGAUUUCUCGUGGCGGCCAAGACUGGGGACAUCAGCAAAACGUUGGCUAUCUUGCCGGGAACUGUGCUGCCGCAGGUCCUACUAUCAGGUUUCAUGAUCGACGUCGGAAGCAUGUAUCCGCCAUUCAGUUUAUGACAAGGAUGAAUCAAUCAAUCGUACGCCAAGAACAUCGACGAACUAGACGCGGUGGAUGUGACUGAAGGCAUCAAUCACAAGUAAUUGUUGUAGCUCCAAGAUGCAUAAUUUACUUCCUGGUUAGAGAUAAAGAAGAUUCUCCAUCUUGCUCCUCCUCUCCACCUCAGUCUCCACAUCUUCCACAAGUUCCCGAAGCUCACUCUUCUGGGAGCUUAUAGCCCACGACUUCUUCCCCAUUCAUCCUCCUGGCUGAGCUUUAUCAUGUUUUUCCGUUUUGCUUGGCAGGGGAUGACGUUCAACGAGUUUGACUGCAAGACAGCUCCACCGGAGUGCAGCAGCUCAGAUCCAACAAAUGGAUGGAUUGUCCAGGGUAGAUCUGGAACGGCUGGUGCCAAAUCCUGUGACGAUUCUCCAUGUCCUUUCUGUUGCGAUCCACGGUUAUGGCCACGAACACGAUGUUUUCUCUUCUUGCAAUAUAAUAUAAAUAUCUUCUUACUCAUUCCCAAGUGCUUAGGUUCUUUCAUAUCGAUCUCUCUGUGACUGAGAGUGAGAGGAUGAACCUCAUGUGCAGAGGCACCAACUCCUUGUCCAAAAUUCUUCUAACAUGCGAGCUAAUCGGCGAAAUGGGUCUUUGUCCUGUGACUACCUGUGAAGCCGCCUUGCAGAACUUGGGUAUGACAGGUGGCGAUGUGUGGCCUCGUAGCAAGGAUACUGACGAUAUCGGCGAAAGCACCUUUUAUUCCGUGUUGAUGCUACUUGGGUUGGCGUCUCUCUUUCGCGUCGUCGCUGGUGUGGUGCUGAAUAACGCAUAUAGGCAGAUCGAGCGGUCGUCGUCUGGGAAGUAAUUAUAGAGCAACAUUGUGUAGCCUUGUAUUCGAUGCCAAUUUGACUUGCGCUUAUGUCAGGAACAAGAAGGCCUUGUUCCCAACGAAAAGUGAAUUUUUUCUUUCAUUCUGAAAAACCUAGAAGAUGAGUGGAACUAUGAAGAUGCAUAUUGCGAUCAAUUCAUGUUGAUGUUUUUAAUCAAAUGGAAAAUACAAAUAUCCGUUUUUCUUGAGCGACGCUAUACAAUCUUCUCCAAGAAUAAAUAUUUAUAAAAGCAAAGAGAAUAUAUAGAUGUUCAUAAUGAUAAUGUGUAAACGAGGAGCGAGGUCACAUGUUGCCUUGUCAGCUGCUCCGACAUAGUAGGGAUGUCGUAAGAUUCGACAUUGUCAUCCUUUGAGUUUUCCUAUUGUUUCGAUUUGGACAUCACGCCAUGCAACAACUUAGUUGAUGUCUUAAAGUUAUGAUGCCCUACUUGUGUUAGGAGACAGUUUUUAACAUAAUGAUAACACCAAUGAGCAACACGAACGAACAACAGUCGUUCGGCAUACAGUAGCACAUAGAAUUGAGGACACGACGAGAUGUGGUAUGAUAUGACAGAUUCUACCACUGCUCGACGCGUUCCUUCAAGGUUGAGCUUCAAAAAGACAUAAAAGCUGACGACGC